AUGUCCUCCAAGCUGCGACAACAUUCUAUUUCGAGUGUAAGGAAAUUGCAAGAGUUGGUACAUGAUUCUAAUGUACAGCUAGCGCAAUUUCGAAAUGUGGUUCAAUGUAUUGGUACAGGUCAGGAUGGAAUGCAACUUCGCAGUGAUGUUGAUUCAUUUGGUCGAGCGUGUAUUAGAGCCUGUGAAGCAGCCAAAAGUUGCAUUCUGCCUCAGCUUCGUCAUGAAGGUGUUGAAUUUACGCGACAUGCAUCACAAUUUAUUGGUUGUGUAAAUGCAUGCGUGGUUGAAAUGCGACGUUGCGCAGCGCUUGAGCGUACGUUUCCGAAUGGUGAGCCAUGCAUCACGCAGCAUCAAAUCGAACAUAUGGAAGAGAUGUUGGAAACAUUAGAAAAUUUGAUCACUGUUCAUUAUUCAACUAGUGAAUCGUCACCUGCCGAACGUGUCACGCCAGGACGGCGGCGUGCUACCAAUUGUCGACCCGUCUGUGUGUGCUCAAAAUUGAAAACCAGUUAUGCAUAG